AUGCCCGCCGACGACCGAAGCGGGAAGCAGGCCGCGGCCCAACAGGCUGUCGACAUCUUGCAUGAGAUCUCUACCAUCCUCAACUGCCACCUGGACCGCCGCACCCUGUCGAUCUGCAUCUCCAUGAUCGAGAAUGGCGUGAACCCAGAAGCUCUUGCCACCGUUGUGAAGGAGCUUAGAAAGGAAUCUCAGGAGGUCGACGCCCAAAUUGCAUCGCAGAGACGUCAAUAA